AGUUUUAUGUGAAAUGUCGAACCAUUUAAAAUGGCUGCUGCGUGGUGGAUUUUAAACGAAGAAAAUAAUGGUGAUGGAAAUGAAAGAAAUAAUUUUCGUAUAAUACGAAAAUUUUUACGAGACACUCAAAAUCCGUUUGAUAUUCCGGAGAAAAGAUUUCAAGAAGUAUACAGAUUAUCUCGAGAGGCAGUGAUACAGUUAUGUGCCAGUUUACAUCCAUAUAUGCCCGAGGGAAAGAAACCAACAGCAAUUCCUUCCGAAUUAAAAAUUAGUGAUUUAAAUGGAAAAAUACUUGCCGUAAAUAGUGGCCAUGGAGGAAGAACUCAUGAUGCACGUGUUUGGAAUGCGUCCCAUAUUUCAUUGCAUUUACAACAACAGUUUCAAAAUGGACAAAGAAAUACUUGGCUAUUAGGAGAUUCCGGAUAUCCCCUAUUACCUUAUUUAAUGACGCCAAAAUUAAGGCAACCGGAAGGAUCACCUUCAGCUCGUUAUACUAAUGCUCACGUAAGGGCUCGAUCAUGUGUAGAAAGAGCUAUUGGAAUGUUAAAAGGACGAUGGAGAUGUCUUAGGAAAGAAAGAGCAUUACAUUAUUUGCCAGAGUUCUCAGGUAGGAAUCUUAUAUAACAAAUACAUUAAAUAUUUGACCAAAAUAUUGCAAAUUAUUAUAAUAUACCGCAACCAGAAAUGUAUUAUGACGAGAUAGACGAACAGGAAAGAAAUAUGCCAAUAUACGACGUAGCACAAAAUGUAAAUGGGAAUGAAAUUCGAGAACAAAUUAUACGGCGAUAUUUUACUUAA